UCACGUUUUCCAGCCUCCCUGAUUUUUAUUUUUCGGGGCCUGGACAUAGCCCAUUUUUCCCCCAAAACAAAACUCACCUUGAGCUUUUCUGCUCUGUACACUUCACACUUUAAAACAGUAUGGCCCAUGAUCCACGACUCGCCAAGGCAGGCACUGCGACUCCGGAUCCUCCGCCUCCUCCACCCCCUCCUCCGGAGUCUGCUCCAGCCUCAGCCAUGACUGCGAGCUUCGAGACCCAGUCCGCGGAUGCCACCGCACCCGGACAGUCCGACUCUUUCAAGCUCAAAUUCUGCACUGUGUGUGCAUCCAACCAAAACCGUUCAAUGGAGGCCCACCUCCGUCUGUCGACGGCACCUUCCCCCUUCCCUGUCAUCUCCUUUGGAACGGGUUCCCUAGUCCGUCUCCCCGGACCGUCCAUCACCCAACCUAAUGUGUACAACUUCAACUCAACCUCUUACGCCCAAAUGUAUGAGGAGCUCUUCUCCAAGGAUGAAAGGCUGUACCGUAGCAAUGGACUCUUGAACAUGCUCGACCGCAACCGGAACCUGAAAUGGGGUCCGGAGCGGUUCCAGGACUGGGUGCCCGGUGUGCCGCGCGUUGACCACGUCUCCAAGGGCGAUAAAGGUGCCCUGGGGACAGAGGGAGGCGUGGUUGACAUCAUCAUCACCUGCGAAGAGCGGUGCUGGGAUGCCGUCGUCGACGAUCUCAUGAAUAAGGGAUCUCAACUCAACCGGCCCGUCCAUGUAUUCAAUGUCGACAUCAAAGACAAUCACGAGGAGGCUCUGGUAGGAGGCAAAGCUAUCCUUGAAUUAGCCAAUAGACUCAACACCGCCGCCGCCCAGGAACGUAAGGCGAAUGGUACCGACGGCUGGGAAGAUGGCACCGGCGAAGCCCGGAGGAGUUUUGACGAAAAAGUUCCUGAUAUCCUUGCUGCGUGGCAGGAGAAAUGGCCUAAUCUGCCGGCCUUGUGGACCUUGUCUUGGCUAUAGUGCCCUGAGGACAUGGCUACUCAUAAUUCUGGGAGGCGUCUGUUUAUUCUUUUCUCUUUCGAACUAGCGAUUAAUACCCAUGUGUUAAGAAUAUCAAUCAAUCAAUCUUACCGCCUAUCUA